GCACAAACCUUCCUGCGCAGGCCUCGGGCUGCCUGCCUGCCUGGCCCGAGCUCCAGCCUGCCUCUUCCACUGGCCACUGCCUCCCACCCAGGGCUGGCAUCCCUGCUCCUUGCCCUGGGUCCCAGACUGUGUCCUCCAUCACCGCAGGGUCGGUGAGGGGCUGGGCUGGACACCAGGGCCCGCCCUCCCAUCACUGAGCUCCACUCCUUCCUCAUUUUGCUGCUGAUUCUAGCCCCAAACAAAACAGGUUGAGCUUUUUCCUCCCCUCGGCAGCUCCUCUCUGGCUCGUGGCUGCCUUCUGAGUGCUGCAGACGGCGCCGGCCGGGAAGGGGGGCCUGGGCCAGCCCUGCCAGGACUGGGACGCUGCUGCUGGCGCCUGGCCCUCCAUCAGGCCAGCCUGUGGCAGGAGAGAGAGCUUUGCCGCGGCAGACGCCUGAGGAUGAUGCCCCAGCUGCACUUCAAAGAUGCCUUUUGGGCCUCCCAAAGUGCUGGGAUUACAAGCGUGAGCCAUUGCGCCCAACUGGCAAUAGAACACUUUGGGGACUGCAGUCACUGAAGCAGAAGGGAUUCCCUUCUUGGUCACCUCCUGAACAACUGCCCAUUGACCUGGACCAGCUCUGAGCCCACUCUCCUAGGCAUCAGGACCCCAGACUACAGGUGGUAGGAAGACCCAGAACAGCUGAGGAUGGUUCAGUGCAGGGACUUCACAGCCCACACGGGCUACGAGGUGCUGCUGCAGCGGCUUCUGGAUGGCAGGAAGAUGUGCAAAGACAUGGAGGAGCUACUGAGGCAGAGGGCCCAGGCGGAGGAGCGAUACGGGAAGGAGCUGGUACAGAUUGCACGGAAGGCAGGCGGCCAGACGGAGAUCAACUCCCUGAGGGCCUCCUUUGACUCCUUGAAGCAGCAAAUGGAGAAUGUGGGCAGCUCACACAUCCAGCUGGCCCUGACCCUGCGCGAGGAGCUGCGGAGUCUCGAGGAGUUUCGUGAGAGGCAGAAGGAGCAGAGGAAGAAGUAUGAGGCUGUCAUGGACCGGGUCCAGAAGAGCAAGCUGUCGCUCUACAAGAAGGCCAUGGAGUCCAAGAAGACAUAUGAGCAGAAGUGCCGGGACGCGGACGACGCCGAGCAGGCCUUCGAGCGCAUUAGCGCCAACGGCCACCAGAAGCAGGUGGAGAAGAGUCAGAACAAAGCCAGGCAGUGCAAGGACUCGGCUGCCGAGGCAGAGCGGGUAUACAGGCAGAGUAUUGCGCAGCUGGAGAAGGUCCGGGCUGAGUGGGAGCAGGAGCACCGGACCACCUGUGAGGCCUUUCAGCUACAAGAGUUUGACCGGCUGACCAUUCUCCGCAACGCCCUGUGGGUGCACAGCAACCAGCUCUCCAUGCAGUGUGUCAAGGAUGAUGAGCUCUACGAGGAAGUGCGGCUGACGCUGGAAGGCUGCAGCAUAGACGCCGACAUCGACGGCUUCAUCCAGGCCAAGAGCACGGGCACAGAGCCCCCUGCUCCGGUGCCCUACCAGAACUACUACGAUCGGGAGGUCACCCCGCUGACCAGCAGCCCUGGCAUACAGCCGUCCUGCGGCAUGAUAAAGAGGUUCUCUGGACUGCUGCACGGAAGUCCCAAGACCACUUCGUCGGCAGCUUCUGCUGCCUCCACGGAGACCACGACCCCCACCCCCGAGAGGAAUGAGGGUGUCUACGCAGCCAUCGCAGUGAAGGAGAUGCAGGGAAACCCGGCCUCGCCAGCCCAGGAGUACCAGGCACUCUAUGACUAUACAGCGCAGAACCCAGAUGAGCUGGACCUCUCCGCGGGAGACAUCCUGGAGGUGAUCCUGGAAGGGGAGGAUGGCUGGUGGACCGUGGAGAGGAAUGGGCAGCGUGGCUUCGUCCCUGGUUCCUACCUGGAGAAGCUUUGAGGAAGGGCCAGGAGCCCCUUUGGACCUGCCCUGCCAGUGGAGCCAGCAGUGGAGCCAGCAGUGCCCCCAGCACUGUCCCUGCCUUGCUGGGGCCCAGAACUAAGCGUCCCCCAGCCCCGAGAGGGAACCUGUCUCCCAGGGAAUAAAGGAGUGCGUUCUGUUCUC